GGCCCCCAGUUUGCAAAAAGCCAGAGAGGUUCAAGAAGCAGCGAGUGCAGCCGGAGCAGCAGCAGCAGCAGCAAAGGAAAAAAAAAUCCUCUUCAAAUCCCCACCUAAGAUUUCAGCAUAUCCAGAUCCACAUCUUCACGCAAGCCCAGAGAGGGAAAGAGGAAAGGGGGGGAGGAAAGGAAAAAAAAAAAAAAACCCAGCAACUUAGCGGAAACUUCUCAGAGAAUGCUCCAAAACUCAGCAGUGCUCUUGGUGCUUGUGCUCAGCACUUCUGCAAGCCAUGAGGCGGAGCAGAACGACUCUGUGAGCCCCAGGAAGUCCCGAGUGGCAGCUCAGACCUCAGCUGAAGUGGUUCGCUGCCUCAACAGUGCCCUGCAAGUUGGCUGUGGGGCAUUUGCAUGCCUGGAAAACUCCACCUGUGACACCGAUGGAAUGUUCGACAUCUGUAAAUCCUUCUUGUACAGCGCUGCCAAAUUUGACACUCAGGGAAAAGCAUUUGUCAAAGAGAGCUUAAAAUGCAUUGCCAAUGGGGUCACCGCCAAGGUCUUUGUCGCCAUUCGGAGAUGCUCUACUUUCCAGAGGAUGAUUGCAGAGGUGCAGGAAGAGUGCUACAGCAAGCUGAACAUGUGCAGUAUCGCCAAGCGGAACCCGGAAGCCAUCACGGAAGUCGUGCAGCUGCCCAAUGACUUCUCCAACAGAUACUACAACAGACUGAUCCGAAGCCUUCUGGAGUGUGAUGAAGAUACAGUCAGCACGAUCAGAGACAGCCUGAUGGAGAAAAUCGGACCCAACAUGGCGAGCCUCUUCCACAUCCUGCAGACCGACCACUGUGGGCAGACACACCCACGAGCUGACUUCAACCGGAGGCGCACCAACGAGCCACAGAAGCUGAAAGUCCUCCUCAGGAAUCUCCGAGGUGAGGGGGAUGUUCCCUCCCACAGCAAACGCACCUCCCACGAGAGUGCAUAACCAGGGAGAGAGAUUCAGAACCUCACCAAACUAGUAUCAUUUUAGGGGUGUUGCUGCACCAACUUUGAGUGUACUGUGCCUGGUUUGGUUUGUUGUUGUUGUUGUUUUUUUUAAGUAGUUCCUAUUUUCUAUCUCCCCCCCGCCCCGCCCUCCCCACUUAAAGAAAAUUGCAUGAAACUAGGCUUCUGUGAUCAUUUUCUCAACAUUCUGCAAUGGCAGCAUUCCCACCAACGGGAUCUGUGCGAUCAUUCUGCCCCUCCUCAGGAGAACGUAGCCCUCUCUUAUCUCCUUCCUCCAUGAUAUCUUUUCCCAGUUCCCCUAACCACCCUCAAACACAGAACAUUCGAGUACCUGCCGGGUCAUCGUACUUUGAAGCUGUGGAGCCCUUUAGAAUGGUUGCCCCAUAGAGUUAGCGGAUACAAAACCAUUUUAUUUAAAUGCAUGUCUUCAAUACUCAUAAGGAUGUUAAGUGGAAUUCGUGUUAUGAAUCUGUGCUGGCCAUGGACGAAUAUGAAUAUCAUGUUUGAAUUCUUGAUCUCUAGUGAGCUAGUGUCUUAUGGUCUCGAUCCUCCAAUGUCUAGUUUCCUUUCUGACACAUUUACCAAAUUGCUCAAGCCUGGCUCUCCACCCGGACUUUGAGCCUGCAUCUUCUUGCAUCUAAUGAAAAACAAAAAAAAGCUAACAUCUUUAUGUACUGUAACUGCUCAGAGCUUUAAAAGUAUCUUUAACAAUUGUCUUAAAAAAAAAAACCAGAGAAUCUUAAGGUCUAACUGUGGAAUAUAAAUAGCUGAAAACUAAUGUACUGUACAUAAAUUCCAGAGGACUCUGCUUAAACAAAGCAGUAUAUAAUAACUUUAUUGCAUAUAGAUUUAGUUUUGUAACUUAGCUUUAUUUUUUUUCCUGGGAAUGGAAUAACUAUCUCACUUCCAGAUAUCCACAUAAAUGCUCCUUGUGGCCUUUUUUAUAACUAAGGGGGUAGAAAUAGUUUUGACUCAACAUCAGAACUUUUAAGAUGGGCCUAUAUAUGAGAUUCAGGAAAAACAAACAGGUUUAUCUAAAGGACCCUAGGUAAGAUGUUAAUCUCCCAGCCCACCUCCACCCAGAGGCUGCACUUGACUUAGACCUAUCCUGAAACAGCUCUGUCACAUCCAACUGGGAAUUACAGCAACAGGAAGAACAUCCCGUUGGGCUAAGACCACUGAGAGUGCUAAGGCCUACUGUACCCUUGGAAAGUGGUGGUUCUUAACCUUCUACCUUCCAUCAACGCCUGGCACUGUGUCAAAUGUGUGCGAUUUCCCACUGAGUCAAUCAGCCUUUGAGUCUUUAGUCCGGGGGACUUGGGGCUGAGGAAGUAUAAAUAACCCUGGGCUGUCCAGCCUUAAUAAACUCCUCUUACAUUUUUGUCCUAUAGCAUGCUGCCUGCUAAAGUAGUCCCGGCAGCCGGACCAUCUCUGUAGGAUCUUAAAAUUAAGAAAAAGGAAAAGGAAAAGAAAGGAAAGGAAAGAGAAAGGAGGAAAAAAAUAAAAGAGCUGGUGGUUUGAUCAUUUCUGCCAUGAUGUUUACAAGAUGGCAGCCACUAAAGCCAAAUGAUGAACCUAUCUAUGAACAACAGUAGUUUCUCAGGGUCACUGUCCUUGAACCCAAUAGCCCCUUACAAGUGUCACUGCCCACCAAAGGUCAAUGCUGAGAGAGGAAGAGGGAGGAGGGGUAGUUCUGCAGGGCCACUCCAGACUCACUUGGAUAAGAAACUAUUGGUGCUUGACUCUCACUAGGCUAAAACUUCAGAGUUAACCAAAUUGAUUGCUAAGGGACCCUGGUGGGAGGAAGAUGGAGGGCACCUCUCCAGAAAGAAA